GCGAUGUCAGCGCGCGAGGCUGACGUGGCGCUCCUCUCCGCGUGCGCGGCCCCGCCCCCUGCCGCGGCUGCGCGUGCGCCCGCGGGUGGGUGCGCGCGAGUGCGGGCUGCUUCCGGGCGGUGUCGGCGGAGAAUGGUGCUGCUGGAGAGCGAGCAGUUCUUGACGGAGCUGACCAGGCUCUUCCAGAAGUGCAGGACGUCGGGGAGUGUUUUCAUAACGCUGAAGAAAUAUGAUGGCCGAACAAAACCAGUACCACGCAAAGGCCAUGUAGAAAGUUUUGAACCAGCAGACAAUAAAUGUCUUCUAAGAGCAACUGAUGGAAAGAAGAAAAUCAGCACAGUGGUGAGCUCCAAGGAAGUAAAUAAAUUCCAGAUGGCGUAUUCAAAUUUGCUGAGAGCUAACAUGGAUGGCUUGAAGAAAAAAGACAAGAAAAGCAAAAACAAGAAGAGUAAAGCAACACAGUGAUGAAAGAAUGCCCUACCAUCACUGUAACAGACUUGACCCUUGCUCAAAGCAAAGUCCAUUUCUUUUUGAGUUACCACUUGUCUUUGGCUUUCCUUCCAGCAGGAUACUGGGAUGUGAUCAGUACUUUUGUUUAAACUGAGAGCAGAAGGUGCUUUCUGUGGAUUGCUGUAUGGCAGGAGUAUCUACAAGGUUAUACUGAAAUAGCUUUACACUCAUCUGCCAACUAGUUUUGUACUUAUACUGCUGUUUGUUUUGUAUUAUACAAGUGGGCAGUGUAAAAUCCGUUUAGGGGUAACACGGGGUGAAGAGAAAUGUACCAGGAGCCAAAGUAAGACUGGAGCAGGCAUCUCAGUGACACAGGCCCAGGUUUAUAGAUAAGCCUCAGUACUAGGGAAAGUGGGUGCCAAUAUAUUACCAGGAACAGCAGCUUUCCUGUUUCUGUCUUAUUUUGAGGGACAUGAUACCCCUAAGGCAGCCAGCACGGUGCUUGAGCUCUUGCAGAGCCAGGCAGCUGUGCCUUUGCUCUGUGCUGAGCCAGCUGUGCUCACCCUGGCUCAGGGUGGGGGGAGGGCAUGACUAUGCAUCAUGUUCACUUCCGACAUGGCUUAAAAAUGCUCAUGUCACCUAUACUUUUUUAUAGCUUCAUUCUGCCGUAUAUUUGGGGAUCUAAAUUUCCCCUUACUUCACAUCUUAUAAAGUAGCUCCUUUCUAUGAGCAGAUGUAAAAGGUGAAUACUUAAUUGUUCCUAUUAAACACAAUGAGAAAUGGA